GAGGGAGCCUGCCUGCCCUGUGCUGUCCAAGGAAUAUGUCCAAGUUGAAUAUACCUCUGGGGUGUGCAGAGAAUAGGGCCGGGCAGUCCUCAGAGAAACCCAGGAGGCGGCCGUGGGGACCAAGCUGGUGAUGGACUAGAGCUCAAGGUGAGAAGAAGGCUGUAACCCCUGACCUGCAGGCCAGAGGAGCCAGGUGGCGGGGUGGAUGGGCAGGCAGGACAGUGGUCAUCCUGGUCCUGGAGGGGUACAGGGCUGGCUAGGGUGGAGUGUCUUCUGGAAGGAGGCUGGUAGCCUCUUCUUAGGUUUUCCUCCUCUGCUAGUGUUGCCCCUUACUGAUGAAAUGCUUGAUGAAAUGCUCAGCUUAUCAGAUGCCCGAUAAACAGCCUUCCAUAUAAGGAGAGCUGGGCAGAUAAGGCCCAGGACACACUGCAGGAUUUAUCUGUAGAGCUGGGUCUGAUGGGGGAGUAGGGCCCCUUGGGCAGGGACACUUGGUCCUGUUCCCUAACUAGGCUGAUUCCUAUUCUGACAAGGUCCCUCAUGUGACCCUCUCCCUAAAACAGUCCAGGAAAGCUGAGCCAGAGCCUGAGGACUCGGGGGACUUCAGAUGAAUGGCACUGUUAUCCUUACUCCUUUUGGGGUCGCUCACAGACACUACUAUCUCCUGUUCAUAUCCCUCUUGGGAAAUGUGUUAGAGUAUGUCAACUUGUCAUUAUAGGUGACACUGAGCUAGGAGCUUUUUUGAGACCUCCUCUGAAUCCUUGGGCAAGGGACAGGGUCCUCAUCUCAACAGUUGGAAGGAGUGUCAUCUCAGUGAUGUAGGGCACUCAGCUGAGAGGGACCCUCAGUGUGCAGUGCUCUGUCCAUGGUGGGACCCCCUGGAAUCUCCAAUACCAACAGCAGCCCUGGUGGACCCUGAGCAGAGACCAGUUGGAUCUCAGAACUCUGCCUUCCAAUAGCCUGAAACACCAAGAUCCCAUGCGGGGCGUGUGUCGCUGGUCUUCUGUGCUCAAUCUUGUGACUUGUGGGACUCAGAAGGUCAUCUGGGUGGUGGGGGCAUUGUUACAUGGGGGCCUUUGAUCUAAAUCAUUUCCUUCAUGUCUGGAUUGGAGGGUGGUAUGCCCCUCCUCUCAUGAACUCUGGUCUGGGAAAAUAAAAGGGCAGACAGAGGACAGCUGGCAGAGUAGAGAGAAGCAGAGACCGCCAAGAUGCUGAAGCCGCUGCUGCUGGUGCUGUCCCUCCUGGCCAGCCUGUUGCGUGCCGUCCCUCGCCCAGCUGAGCAGCGAGUAGGCAUUGUGGGAGGACGGGAGGCAUCUGGGAGUAAGUGGCCCUGGCAAGUGAGCCUGAGAUUAAAGUCCAGCUACUGGAUACAUUUCUGCGGAGGCUCCCUCAUCCACCCACAGUGGGUGCUCACUGCGGCACACUGUGUGGGACCGCACAUCCAAAGCCCAGAGCUCUUCCGGGUGCAGCUUCGUGAGCAGCAUUUAUACUACGAGGACCAACUCCUGCCUGUGAACCGGAUCAUUGUGCACCCCAACUACUACUCGGCUGAGACUGGGGCAGACAUUGCUCUGCUGGAGCUCAAGGACGCUGUGAAUGUCUCCACCCAUGUCAACCCCAUAUCCCUGCCUCCUGCCGAGGAGACCUUCCCCUCAGGGACAUCAUGCUGGGUGACAGGCUGGGGUGACAUUAAUAAUGCUGUGCCCCUCCCGCCGCCCUAUCCCCUGAAGCAAGUGAAGGUGCCCAUUGUGGAAAACAGCCUCUGUGAUCGGAAGUACCACGCUGGCCUCUACACAGGGGACAACAUUCGCAUUGUCCGUGAUGACAUGCUGUGUGCUGGAAGUCCUGGGAGGGACUCCUGCCAGGGUGACUCAGGGGGGCCGCUGGUCUGCAAAGUCAAGGGUGCCUGGCUGCAAGCAGGUGUGGUCAGCUGGGGUGAGGGCUGUGCAGAGCCCGACCAUCCUGGCAUCUACACCCGGGUGACGUACUACUUGGAAUGGAUCCACCGUUCGUUCCCUGAGAACUCCUGAGCUACUUCCAGGUCAGAGGAGAACCAGACCCUAUUGUCUUGAACUGGAUGCUUCCUGCCCAGGUGGAACCUCCACCUUCCUGUCCUUCUGCCUCCCCUGUCCCUCUGAGCCCCUGGCCACCCCCAUCCCCUCUGCUUCCCACCCCAGGUGGCUGCACAGGGUACUCAUUAAAGUACAUGCAAACAGCUA